GACACACAGGGCGUGACCUGUCAGCACACAGUUCAGCUGUGGAGUCAGUGGGAUUAACAUGGGUAGGUCCUCCACUUUUUCUUUCAACAUAGAUUUCUACGCAUCAUUCUCAGUGGCAGCAUAAUCCAUGGAUAAUUAUUUCUUAUUUCAACCUAAUCAUUCUCAUGGGUAGCAUAAUCUAUGGAUAAUUAUUUCUUAAGUCAAAUUAAUCAUUCUCAGUGUCGGCAUAAUCUAUGGAGAAUUAUUGCCUAUGUCGACUUAAUCAUUCUCAGUGUCGGCAUAAUCUGUGGGGAAUUAUUGCCUAUGUCGAAUUAAUCAUUCUAAGUGUAAGCAUAAUCUAUGGGUAAUUAUUGCCUAUGUCGACUUCAUCAUUCUCAGUGUAAGCAUAAUCUAUGGGUAAUUAUUGCCACACUUGUAUUAAGUAGUGCGAGACAUGCAGCCAACAAGGAAAUGGUCCCAGAAAUAAAGAAUAGAACAUCAAACUAACCCUCAAAUACAUCAAUGGAAGUCAUUAUCAAUGAUCGCUUAACUGGAGCACAAAACCUAACCAAACUUAUCAUUGAAACCAUAAAACAGGUUACUAGAAUUGGUUGAUACCAAGCUACAGGCUACCUAAUGGGUUGAUACCAAGCUACAGGCUACCUGUGUUGAUACGAGUUUAUACCAUAACUGUGUUGAUACGCAGGGCCGUCUUUACAGCAGCGUAGGCCCUGGUCACAGUAAUCCACUGAGGCCCCCACCCCUCUAUACACUCAGGGUCGUUUGCAGGAGGGGGCGAGAGGCGCCAAUAUCAGGGGGGCGGAAAAAUCGUCUUAAGAUAGGCCCUUACUUAAUAGGGAAUGAAACGCUAACAUCCCAUCUCAACAACGGAUGGCCAAAGAAAUCAUGUAGGGCACCACAAGAGGAGGGAGACGAAAUCAUGCAAGGCACCACAAGAGGAGGGAGAAGGAAUCAUGUAGGGCACCACAAGAGGAGGGAGAAGGAAUCAUGCAGGGCACCACAAGAGGAGGGAGAAGGAAUCAUGUAGGGCACCACAAGAGGAGGGAGAAGAAGAGGAAGACAAAGAAAUCAUGCAGGGCACCACAAGAGGAGGGAGAAGGAAUCAUGCAGGGCACCAUACAAGAGGAGGGAGAAGAAACCAAGCAGGGCACCACAAGAGGAGGGAGAAGAAAUCAUGCAGCGCACCACAAGAGGAGGGAGAAGAAAUCAUGCAGGGCACCACAAGAGGAGGGAGAAGGAAUCAUGCAGGGCACCACAAGAGGAGGGAGAAGGAAUCAUGCAGCGCACCACAAGAGGAGGGAGAAGAAAUCAUGCAGGGCGCCACAAGAGGAGGGAGAAGGAAUCAUGCAGGGCACCACAAGAGGAGGGAGAAGAAGAGGGAGACAAAGAAAUAAUGCAGGGCACCACAAGAGGAGGGAGAAGAAGAGGAAGACAAAGAAAAAGAUGGGUAGACAGCAUCAAGGAGUCGACGAUACUGAAACUGGGCGAUAUUGUGAGACGUGCAGAAGACAGGCGAAUGGAGGAGGAUAGUUCACACGUCAUUUGUGGUGCCCCAACGGUCCAAAGACUAAGUGACAUGAUGAUGAUGAACAUCUCAACUAGCCUGGCCUUAACAUUGUUUUUACUCAAUUCAUUAAAAGACAGUAACAAUUCAAUUUUUUUUUUUACAAAAUCAAAUCUAUAAGUUUUGUUCUAUUUAUAAAAUAUUUUAUGGCGGGAUCCCGGAAUGAGAAACAAUUUAUUCCCGUUUUCUCGGGAUAAGCAAACGCCCGUGAAAUGAGAAGUCCCCGCCACAAGGCGUCACUCGGACUCUCAUCAUUGGUGUGACGCAUUGAAGAGUCAUUGAUUGUUUCCCACCUUAUUUCAGGACACGCCUUCUCCUGGAUGACGUCACACACGAAGAACGUGUACUUGCUUCUUCUGACCUUCACCUCGGUCAUGGUGUACCUCCUAUCCCAGCAGUACCACCUGCUGGUCAUCUCCAACUACUUCCCCACGUUUCUGAAUGUCCCUGGCCACCAAGCGUCGGCCAACCUGCAGCUCGACCCCUGGAACACCAAACACUCUUUCCUGAGGCUGACCAACAACAAAGUGGACACGAGCGGCGCUUCCGUGGCCUGUGUUUUCCCGCAGGUCAACCCGUUUGACCCGCAGGUCAUGCACAUCUCGGGGUUACACCACGGGCCUCUGAGAUGCGACGGCUUCUUGCCCGACCUGACCUACUUGGACGGUCACACGGUACGGGUCAACAAGACAAAGUUCAAGGCCGACAUAAAGUCCGCCAAGGUGACGUGCCGGUACCAAGUUGUGCUCAAGUAUCCGAGAAGUGACUUCAAAGUCAAGUUCGGGAACUGGAGUGACCCCUUCACGGAGUUCGUCAAACUGUCGGAGGAUGUCGAGUUUGUUCACGUCGUCUGCAAGGUCAACUCCUCGGCUGUGGUGUCUAAGAGUUACCUGACCUUAGUUCCCAGACGACCGGAUGUGAACCCGCUCUACGCGAUGCAUUUAAAGAAACGCGAGAAAGUGUCCGCCCCCAAGGAGACGUUAAACGUGGUCAUGAUCGGAUUCGACGGCACGUCGAGGGCUCAGUUCUUGCGAGCCAUGCAGCGGACCUACGCGUUUUUGAUGAAAGACCUCGGUUCCUUCGACAUGUCGAUGUACACGCAGGUGGGAGGAGAUACCUUCGGGAAUUAUCUACCGCUGCUCACCGGACUACCUGUCGACGCGGUUUCUAAGUGGUGGAGCUUUUCAAACUACUCGGACCCAUUGGACCUUAUUUGGCAGCCGUUUGAACAGGCGGGUUAUCGGACGCUCUACACCGAAGACUUUCCCUCGGGCGGAGGUUUUCAUUACCGGAAGAAAGGAUUCAUGCUGUCUCCCACUUCCUACUACAGCCGGCCAAUGACGGUGGCGAUGGAAAACGACACACAGAUUUGGAAGUCGGGCAAGCAUUGUGUGGGGAGCAAGCCGGAGUUCAUGUUUCACAUGGAUUACGUGAAGCAGUUUUUGGACACCUUUCCCAAGGAUCCCGUCUACGCCAUGGCGUUCUUAACCAAGCUGACCCAUGACGACAUGACGCUGUUGAAACAGGUGGACGAGCACAUGCUUGGCGUGUACACGGAGCUGCAGGUCAAGGGACAUUUGAACAGGACUCUCCUUAUUACGUUUUCCGACCACGGGCCCAGGUUCGGUCAGAUUCGAUACAGUUUUCACGGAAUGGUCGAAAGUCGAACUCCGUACGCCAUUUUCACAUUUCCAAAAUGGUUUCUGGAAAAGUACCCGGAUGUUGCUAAAAACUUAAAAACCAAUACAGGGCGCCUUACAACACAUUUCGAUACUCACGCUACGUUACAAGAUCUAAUGUACUUCAAGAGCACCGGGGAAAUCCCCUUGAAACCAAGUAAACACGGAAUAAGCCUCUUUCAAGAAAUUCCGAAAGACAGAACCUGUGAGGAAAUUCCCAUACCGCCAGAGUUUUGCCUCUGUGGUCAGCACGGAGCAGAAACCAUUGAUGCCACGUCGCCGUUGUCAAAAAGGUUAGCAAAUAGCGUCAUGCUGGCGAUCUCCUCUCAAGUCAACACCACUCUCUGCGAGAAUCUCAAACUUGAGACAAUUUUACAAGUGACGCAUGUCAAACUGGCCGACGCUGUGUCGAAGGGCUUCUCGAAGAGAGCGAUCUUUAAAAUUAGGUUGCAGACUGUCCCGGGCCACGGUAUCUUUGAGGCCACUGUUUUUGUGGACGCCCCGAAAGGGUCAUCCCUGCACCACGUGAAGGACACCACCAAGGUUGAUGUGGGUGAGGUGAUAGAGAGGAUGAACCUGUACAGAGGGCAGGCCGAGUGCGUCAGCGAUGCGACCCAGAGACUUUUUUGUUACUGUAAGACCCAGGUUUCAAAAAGUGAUAUUAUCGGAAACUAGCACAAAUCUUGUAAGCAAAUAUUAAACAAUGUUAGGUUUUAAAUAAAUGUAUACAUGAAGG